AUAAAGUAAAAUAGAUGUCCUGUAGGCUCAUCUCCCUAAGUAGACAUUUUGUCUGAACCUCCACCUCCUAAAAUCAGUUGAGAAUAAACUCCAACAAGAAUAAAAAUAAAAACGCAAAGCAAUACUAGAUGCUUCUUUGAUCGUUACAGUAUCAUCACUAUUUAAUUCAAUUUUGAUCGGUAAACUUUCUUGAAGGAAGAGUGGAUAGCAGCUUUUUUUGGUAGCUCUAAUGGCAGUGCCUAAUUACCAAGCCAAAUGUAUUGAUAGCCGAAACAUUUUGACAAUCCUUGCAGCUGAAGGGGUUCAGUUCCUUUUAUCUGGCGAGGGAAAGGUACCCUUAUCAUCUUGUUAUGGUAAGACAACUUGCCUUCUCUUCUCAGCAAACUGGUGUAGACCCUGUAAAACUUUUAUCCCCAAACUGGUACAACUUUAUGACACCCUGAGAGCAAGAUGUGAAAAGAUAGAGAUUGUGUUUGUUUCUUUUGAUCACAAUGAAAAUGAAUUCAAGGAAGACUUCAAGUCCAUGCCGUGGCUUGCAGUUCCAUUUGAUGUGAAUUUCAAUAGACGCUUGCUCAAUAUGUGCCAUGUUAAACAUCUUCCAUCAUUAAUUCCAUUGACUUGGGAUGAAAUAACAUCAAUUGAUCAAGAGGACUUGAUUGGGUUAAUUGAAGAUUAUGGGGUUGAAGCAUUUCCCUUCACAAGGAGUAGAAGAGAGGAACUGAAGGCUAUUGAUGCUGCAAAGCUUGAAGGAGGAACAUUAGAAGAUCUUUUGGCACAUGAAGGACGAAAUCAUGUCGAAAACAAGGAUGGUAGAAAGGUAUUAGUGUCUGAUCUUGUUGGUAAGACAAUAGGCCUCUACUUCGGAGCACAUUGGUGCCCACCUUGCCAUACCUUCAAUUCACAACUUUUAGAAGCUUACAAUGAGAUCAUGACUACUUCCAAAGAACAAAAUUGUUUCGAAAUUAUUUUCAUCUCAACAGAUCGAGACCUCAAUGAAUUUGAUCUGAGUCUUAAAAGCAUGCCAUGGUUUGCUAUACCAUACUUGGACAAAACACGACGUGACCUAUGUAGGAUUUUUGGCAUCAAAGCGAUUCCAUCUUUAGUCCUAAUUGGAGAAGAUGGAAAAAUCGUUGGCACAAAUGGUAGGGCCAUCAUCUCCUUGUAUGGUGCCAAGGCUUUCCCAUUUACUCAAUCAAAGCUAGGAGAGUUGGAAGCAGCCUUGAAAAAGGAAGGAGAUUCGUUGCCUCGACAUACAAAGGAUACAAAGCAUGAACAUUUACUUAAGCUAGACAUGGCCAAAGCAUAUGUAUGUGACUCUUGCAAACAGCGAGGACGAUUCUGGGUGUUCUCUUGUGAUUUAUGUGAUUAUGACCUGCAUCCAACAUGUAUAGAAGAAACAUCUUAAAAAAUAGUGGGAGAUAUGGACUAUUGAAGUCAAAUAUAGAUUGGCUUAAACAUUGAAAUAUACUGCUUCUAAAUUUCUAAUGUACCUCACUAUAUGUUAAUUUUGUCUAUGGUAAAUGGGUGAUCACCAUUUUAUCAUGACAAAUAUGUACUAUAUAUAAUAAUGGAUACGUUGCAUUUAA